CCGCAUUCGCCAUUCUCGAGACCAACGCCAUUAAGUCUUAUAAGCAGAGAUAUCCUUGAACCUUUCAUCAUGAGUGGUUGUCGUGUGUUUAUCGGCCGUCUGAGCCCCCAUGCUCGUGAAAGAGACGUGGAGAAGUUCUUCAAGGGCUACGGACGCAUCCGGGAGAUCAACCUGAAAAACGGGUUCGGCUUUGUGGAGUUUGACGACCACAGGGACGCAGAUGAUGCAGUGUAUGAGCUGAACGGGAAAGAACUUUGCAGUGAGAGGGUGACCAUCGAGCAUGCCCGCUCUCGUCGUGGAAGAGGUGGCGGUCCAGGAAUGGGAGGAGGGCGUUUCUCUCCACGCUUCGGAGGAUAUCGUCAGUCUCGCAGUGCUGGUUCCAGGUACGGCCCACCAGUGCGCACAGAACACCGAAUCAUUGUGGAGAACCUGUCCUCCCGUAUCAGCUGGCAGGAUCUGAAGGACUUGAUGAGGAAGGUGGGAGAGGUAACCUUUGUGGAUGCACACCGGACCAAUAAGAAUGAAGGGGUGGUUGAGUUUGCUUCCCACAGUGAUAUGAAGAACGCCCUUGAAAAGUUGGAUGGAACCGAUCUGAAUGGACGCAAACUCAAGCUGUACGAAGAUCAUAAGAGGAAUCGGAGCAGGAGUCGUUCCCGAAGCAGGAGCAGCUCCCGUUCCCGUUCAGCCAGUCGCAGUCGCAGUCCUGAGCGUGGAAGCAAACGCUCCCGCAGCCGCUCAGUCAGUCGUACUCCAGAGAAAUCUUCCAACCGCUCUCCCUCCCGCUCUCCGUCUCCCGCUCCAAGGAAACAGAGUCGGUCUCGGUCUGCCUCUGUGGAGAGUCAGCACUGAGACGUGUAUUGUGUGUGUGUGUGUGUGUGUGUGUGUGUGCGUGUGUGUAUGAGAUGGAGAGGCUGAGCUUUUUUUUACUUAUUAGUGUGGCAUAUGUCAAAUUGUGCUACUUUAGUGUAAAUUACUGUGACUUGAAUGGGUGUGUUUUGAAGAUGUUUUGUGUUGCAUUAUUAAUGCUGAAGAGGUUUAGUUGAUUAUGGGGCUAAAAUUGAAGACUAAAGAUUUUCACAUGGUCUUGCUUCAUUUGAAUUUUUUUUUUUAUUUGGUCAAUAACAAACCUAGAGUACUUCUGUAGAGAACUUGUGUGGGUUUUGUUUUUCCAACUCUGCAUGUGUUUUUUUUUUUGUUUUUUUUUUAAGUGUUUGUGGUUCAUCAAAUUUAUACCUGUAUAUACACUCUGGAAUAAAGUAUAUUGAUAUUUGGCAGAGAUGGAUAUUGGAAGUCUACGCUUUCCUUAUUAAUGUUCUCGUUAUACCGCUGUGCUUCUGCCAUGGUGGGGUGGUAUUUUUAGAGAAGCUUUAUUUCAUUGUUAAUUGUGAUAUCUGAUACUGCAAAUUAAACUUUUGAUAUG